UUAAUACUCCAGCAAAACGUUAGUUCUUCAACAGUUCGGAAAUCUCGGAAAGUUAUGUAAUCUCUUUUAAGACUAUCGCGAUUGUAUGUCUGUUGAAUUUUAGUGAAAGUCUUUUGUGUUCGAAUAUUUUAUUUAGGACUUUUCGAAUUAGUAUACACUAGCAAAAAUUUUAUAACUCUUCAAUAUUCUUUAGUUUUGUUUCGAUUUCAAUUUUAUUUGGGAAGGCGUUACCAAUCGUAAUAAAAAGCAAUUUCAUAACUAUAUUUUGAAUAGUUUAACCGAUCUUCAGAGUUAUCUUUGAAGCGCUUCCGCAAUUUUAAUACUAAUAUAUUGAAUAAUCGGCCAUCUACAACUUGGAAAACUACAUAUCUUUUUAGAUGGAGGAAAGUUACUGCUGGACCUAUGGCCCCGUCCAGCCUAAAAACAGCACGUAAAAGCUUUGCUGUAACCAAGACAUAUGUGAAAGAUAUGAGCCCUCAAAAGGAAAUUAUAACCGUCCACACAAGCACACCUAACAUUGAACAUAGAUCGUUUCACAGUGAACAAAAUCAAAUUUAUCAAGGAGAGGUGAAUGUGCUGUCUAUAAUAGAUACAAAUAAAGAAAUAAUGUGUUGUAAAUAUACUGAGGACGUUAAAGACAUUGCUGCUGGUUUUAUCGACGGCACUAUCAGACUGUUCGAUUGUAACAAUGGAGACUGCAAACAUAUCCUUGUGGACGAUGAGUGUAGAGCUUACCCCGGUCCGGUGACUUCUAUAAAACACAGGCCGGUUAGCAAAGCCCAUCCUAUCACAAAUAUGCUUCUGUCAUCUUAUGUUAACGGAUGUAUAAAAUGCUGGAAAUAUAAAUAUGAACAAUGUUUAUACACAAUAAGAGAGAAACGACAGACAUUAGGAUUGUGUUAUCAUCCACGUUACAGCAAAUUCGUAACAUAUGGAGAUGACGCUAAGCUAAAUAUGUACGACGAGGAAGCACAGACGCAAGAGAGGGCAUUCUACUCAAGUCAGCGAAAAAAUAUAAGAGAUGGUCAUACUUCAAGGAUAUUUUCAUGUGUUUUUAAUCCUAAAUCUCACCACGAACUUAUAUCUGGUGGAUGGGACGACACGAUCAUGUGCUGGGACGACAGGCAACCUUAUUCAACGAGGUAUUUCUCCGGAGUACACAUGUGCGGGGAAGGUUUGGACUUUGAUAAACCAGGGAAGCAAAUUCUAACAUGUUCAUGGCAAGAAAAAGAUACUAUUCAAAUUUGGGAUUAUGGAUCCUGUAAACUCAUAGAGACGAUAGAGCCAGAUAAUCAUCACUCAAAACUGUAUUGUGGAAAAAUGGUUCCACAGACAGGUUUAAUUAUCUGCGGUGGCACUGAACUAAACAUACUAAGAGUUGUUGAUAUUAAUAUGAAGAUUACGGAAUGUUCUAUACGUAACAAUCCAGGUGCUAUAUACGCAUUCGAUUUUGGCACGAUAAGGAGAAAACAAACCAAAAUCCCAGACACAUACAAAAAAAUAAGCGAAAUACAAAAUUGUCCACGUGUCGCAUUCGUUACUGGAAAGAGAUUACAAACUGUAGACUUUGGUUGAAAUGGUAAUCAUAUUUGUUAUUUAAUAAGAAAAUACAAUAAAAAGAUAUUUUAAAAGUUGUACAUCCGUUGUAUCGAAUUUAUUCUCUUUUAAAAUCACAAUCUCUACUCACAAACAGCCGUUUAAUACAA